AUGGCGCUCAAAACGCCCGAGGCGAUCGCACGCCUUUUUGGCGGCACCGGCUGGGCACCCCGAUGUCUGAUGACGCGCCGGGACCGCCCGCGGCCGGAAUACUUCGCGGGCGUCCCCGACCCGAUCUUCUGGAAGGUCAUGGAGUACUGGCGGCUCGGCGACUGGCGGCGGCCCUACCAGUCGCCGCUGCCCUUCCACGACGGGCCGCCACGCUACCGUGGUCCUGGCGGUACCCUGUUUCGCGGCGACUAG